CAUGUUUGGAUAUUGAAACGUCAAAAAUGAGUCACUGAAACGUCAAGUUUUUUCAUAAAACGUUUUCUUUAUUUUUCCUCAAUUUCUUUGUGAUAUCAACGCGUUGAUGUCUGAUAGUGAAAGCGAUUUUGAGAAUACAACAGAAAGCACCAGGCUAAUGGACGGGCACGUAUCUGCCGAUGCGGCCGCUGAAGUGCGAGCGCUUGGAGAGCCCCAACAGAAACGCCGUAGCAGACAAAAUCAGCAACAACCGCAAUCGGUUGAUGAGGGACAUCAACAUAUUCCCGAAGUACGCGUUCAGGACGCCCAACAAGCUAAUCAAGAUUUUAUCAGUGAAGAAGAAGAGUUAAAGUAUGGUGCAAAACAUGUAAUAAAGUUGUUCGCCCCCGUUUCUCUGUGUAUGUUAGUGGUAGUGGCUACAAUUAGCUCUGUUAGUUUCUAUACAAUUAAAGAUGUUUAUUUGGUGUAUACACCGUUUCAUGAAGAUAGCCCAGAAACGGGUACUAAAGCUUGGAAUGCAGUUGCAAACUCGCUGAUUUUGAUAGCCGUUAUUAUAACAAUGACGAUUUUAUUGAUUAUUUUAUAUAAAAAGAGGUGUUAUAAAGUAAUUCACGGUUGGUUAAUAGUUUCAUCUUUGAUGUUACUAUCGGUAUUUUCAUUUUUGUAUUUAGAGGAAACUUUAAGGGCUUAUAACAUACCGUUUGAUUAUUUUACAUUGGCUAUUUUAAUGUGGAAUUUCGGUGUAAUGGGUAUGAUCUGCAUUCAUUGGCAAGGACCUCUUAUUUUACAACAAGCUUAUUUAAUAUUCGUUGCAGCCUUAAUGGCUUUAGUAUUUAUUAAGUAUUUACCUGAAUGGACAACUUGGGCUGUUUUGGGAGUUAUUUCAAUAUGGGAUUUAAUUGCUGUACUCAUGCCCAAAGGUCCAUUAAGAAUUUUAGUUGAGACCGCUCAAGAACGCAAUGAGCAAAUUUUCCCAGCUUUAAUUUAUUCCUCUACUUAUAUGUACAUUGCAAUGGCUACAGAUGAACAACCCAGUAAUGCUAACAGACAAGCUUCAAAUAAUCAAAAUACUUCAGAAGAAGAACAUGGUUUUACAGAUGAUUGGGUUCGAACGCAUGCAGAUCGCGUAACGCAAAGACAACUUGAAGUUUAUGAUGUUAGUGGUCAACCGAGAACUCAAGUACAUGAACAAAUGGAUAAAGAAGAACGUGGUGUUAAGCUUGGUUUGGGCGAUUUUAUUUUUUAUAGUGUUCUAGUUGGAAAGGCUUCAUCCUAUGGAGAUUGGAACACGACCGUAGCCUGUUUUGUAGCUAUUUUAAUUGGGCUUUGCUUAACCUUAUUAUUGUUGGCGAUUUUUAGGAAAGCUUUACCAGCUUUACCUAUUUCUAUAACUUUUGGUUUAAUAUUUUAUUUCGCCACUAAAGAAAUUGUAAGUCCAUUUUCUGAUCGAUUAGCUGCUGAACAAGUAUUUAUUUAAUGUAAUAAUUAUUAAAAAAUUAAAUAAAAUAGUUAAUCCUUACAAAA